UUCUCAAAAAUGGCGAGAGCCGUACCCAUUUUCUAAACCGCGUUGUGAAAAGAAAAUAAACGAGUUAACGACACCGUCCCGGGGAAUUCAUUCAUGGCCUGCAGGUCUCUCGACGAAGAUCCAGGCCGCUCAUGGAUCUUGUUCUCCUGGACCACCUCCUAGGCCUUCCCGCAAUCGAUAUCCAAAUUUGUUAGGGUUUGUGCGAUUGCGACGAUCAUGAAUGGUUUCCACCAUGGGUUGGCUGUCUAACAUUACCUUCUCUUCUUCUUCCUCCUCGUCGGCAUCGUCGUCUUCGCCGUUCAGAUCGGCAAACGGGGAGUCGCCUAAAAAGAAGACCAGCGAUGACGAGAGAGGGUGGAUUUUCCGGUCGAGGAGGAAGCUCACCCGACAGAGGAAGCAGCUUUUGAUCUGUACUGGCGGCGGAGACCAGGACGGGGGAGGUGGAGCCGUGAAUAGUCAUAAAUGCUCGGGUUCGAGUUCGUCGCUUCCGGAAACCACGUCCGCGGCCGGGACUCCUCAGCCGCUGCCUUUGCCGGAAUUGGCAGCGGAUUCACGAUGGAAAGAGAGUGUGUUUGGUGGCCGGGAAGCGCGAAAAAAUAACGAGAAUUGUUUUGAAUCAAGGUCAAGGUCUACGAGGAGGAAUCAAGGUAGGAAUGGUUUAGAGAGCUAUCAUACUGACUUCGGGCUUGAAGUUCCAAAUCGUAUUUGGAGCGCACCUGCUAGCCCUUUUUCGAGUCCUACAUUCAGCCCACACAGUCCCAGUGCUGGUGAUCUUCUCCCACACCUUGUUCCUGUGGGAAAUCAAGGCUGGUCUGUCCCCGAGAUGCCCACUUGCGAUAUGACUUCUGUGCUCCCUCCCCCUUCCUUGUCGGAAUACUCCACCCAGAGUAAUGAUAAUUCCCCUAUGCAAAGUCCAUCAAAUAGAAGUCCCUGCCGAAAUGUCAAAAUCCCACCAGGCUCAACAUCGCCAUUGCCUCCCAGAUUAUCAAUUGAAGUCUCCACUGCGCGGCGUGAGGUCAAUGGUUAUGCUGAAGUCCAUCCAUUGCCUCUGCCUCCUGGAGCAAGUCUUAGCCUACCUUCACCACACGCUAUACCCACACCUAAACCGGAGUCCCAGCCAGUGAAAGGACAAUGGCAAAAGGGAAAGCUUAUUGGGCGUGGCACGUUUGGAAGUGUUUAUGUUGCUACCAAUAGAGAAACUGGAGCUUUAUGUGCAAUGAAAGAAGUCGAGUUAUUUCCUGAGGACCCAAAAUCUGCAGAGUGUAUAAAGCAGCUACAGCAGGAAAUCAAAGUUCUCAGCCAGCUGAAGCAUCCUAAUAUUGUGCAGUAUUAUGGAAGCGAAAUAGUUGAUGAUCGAUUUUAUAUAUAUCUGGAGUUUGUCCAUCCUGGUUCUAUUGACAAAUAUGUCCAUGAACAUUGUGGAGCCAUAACAGAAGCUGUUGUUCGCAAUUUUACUCGCCAUAUACUCUCUGGGUUGGCCUACUUGCACAGCACAAAGACAAUACACAGGGACAUCAAGGGGGCUAAUUUGCUUGUUGAUUCAUAUGGAGUUGUCAAGCUAGCUGACUUUGGAAUGGCAAAACAUCUUUCAGGUCACGUAGGAAAUCUUUCUCUAAAGGGAAGCCCAUACUGGAUGGCUCCAGAGCUGAUGCAAGCUGAGAUGCAUAAAGAUAGCAGCUCUGAUCUGGCUCUUGCUGUAGAUAUAUGGAGCUUGGGUUGCACAAUUAUUGAAAUGUUCACCGGAAAACCUCCUUGGAGUGAGUAUGAAGGGGCUGCGGCCAUGUUUAAAGUUAUGAAGGAUGCACCACCAAUUCCAGAAACAUUGUCACCUGAGGGUAAGGAUUUCCUAUGCUGCUGCUUCCAAAGAAAUCCCGCAGAGAGGCCAACUGCUGCCAUGUUAUUAGAACAUCGAUUCUUAAAAAACUCGCAGCAGCAGGAUGUCCCGCCUGGCACUCAGGCAUCUAAUGGGAUGAAUUACGCGGAUAAAUCCCAUAGUCCAAUCGAACUUGAAAGAAAAUUUGAUCAGUCGCUGAUGAUUCCUGCCAUAAUUGGAUCACAGAGCAGUGCAUUCCCAAUUUGGUGAUUGCCAAGCUUGACGGGUCCAGCCUUUUCUCCAGUGGAAAUGGCCAACAUUUUCGUGUGCAUUAACUCCUCCAGCACAGUUUGCAAUUCAAAUACCACAUCCCUCCUGCAGAUGCUCUGCGUUGUGCCAACCGCAAUGCUGAAACAUAUAGCAUUUUCAGAUGACUGGUGGAAAGGGAACGAUAGCUGCCUUUCUGCCCAUAGUUCUGCAGAGAAGCGGCUCUUGACUUGUAGGUGUGCUGUGCUGGAUGAGACUCUGGUAGGUGACUCGCAGCCAUUGAGUGUUUUGUAGGUUCUUUCUGCCAUCCUUUUCGAUGGUGGAAGUUUAUCUUGCCCUGGGAAUUUAGAAGCAGUUUUUGUAUACCAGUAACUAAUUUAGAGCUUUAGCAGAAGUCUUUUAACAAGGCCUUCUGAAGGAUGACUUCGUCUUCAUGUAUAAUUUGGCGGACUCAAAAAAUGACAUGUCUAUAUAUCAAAGGGCUCAAAUUAUUUUUGCA